GUGACUUCAACGACAUGAGUGUGCAGGAGCUUCGGGACGUCUGGCCGUGCCUCCGAGAGCUGGCCAGUGAAUUCUUGGCCAUUUUCCCUUCCGGGAGGCGCUCUCCUGUGGCGCCGCCGGCCGCGUUGCAAGUGGCGUGGGCCACGUGGCGUGGGCUCGGCGUCACGGAG